AAACACCCGCCGUGUCUCUAUGGCUUGUAGCUCUAGCUGCACACUUGAACGAAGCAAGCAAGACGUGCUGUCGCCGUGAAUUGGGGCAACCAAAUAUCCGUUGGAAGUUUACCUCCUUAAUCUUGAAAUUGAAUUCAACCUUAUUAUGAACAAACCCCCAGAUUUCAAUUUACACCUCAAACUCAUUUAUUUCUCUAAAUCGCCGUGAAUUGUGGUUCAUCUAUGCUUAAUUUUGUGAAAUUUGACGCUAUACACUUCCCCCAUCAAUGAAUUCUCAGUAUCCAGCUUCAAAUUCCACCUUCUCUUUCAAUCCCAUAAACCCUAACCCUAAUUUCUCAAAUCCCCAAUUCAAUCCAUCGUUACCUCUACCUUUACCUCCAUCUCAAUCUCAAUUUCACUCUCAAACCCCUCUUCCUGACUUACCCAAUUCUCUCUCUUCUCUCAAAAACCUCAUAAAAUCAUCAAAUUCAAUUCUUCAAUCUCUCUCUUCCACAAUUUCCCCUCUUUCUCUCUCUUCAAAUUCCCUCAUUCAAUGCCCUUCAAAUCCCCAUCACUGGGUUCCCCCAUCUUCCCUCUUUUUGCAUACCCUUCAUUGCCCUUCAUCACUUGAUGUGAAUGAUUUAUUAGAUUCUCUCCAGUACCCUAAAACCCUGAAAUCUGAUCAAAACUUGAUAGACCAGAAUAAGUUUGUUCAGCCCCUUAAUGAUCCCACCUCAGAGCUCUGCUUCUCCCUUGACGAUUACGUCGAUUUCGGUUCCAAUUUCUUUUAUCAGGGAUGCCAUGGUGUAGUAAGCUCACUAAAUGAUGAUGCCAGUAGGAGGAUUUUCACUCUUCCUGGCAUUUUAUCGGUCGAGUGUGCGAAUUUUGUUGGUAAUAGUGAUAGGGAAACUGAGGGAAUUCUAGGAAGUAGUCUUAAGUUACUUCCCUCUGAGAUAGGGGUUGUUAAGCGUGAGAUUGAGCAGUGGAUUGAUUUCCCCAAUGAGUAUUCUUACAGUGUUGUUAGGGCAUUUGUGUGUGUGGAAUGUGUGAAGGGAAGUGUUUUGUUAUCAUGGUUGAUAGCGAAUUCACCGCGCUUUGGUGUUGUAAUUGAUGUGGCUAUGAGGGAUCAUAUGUCAGUACUUUUUAGACUUUGCUUGAAAGCAAUGACGAGAGAGGCUAUACGUUCAUAUAUGUCUUUGUUGAAUAGUGAUGUGGGUGCUAAUGGUCAUAAGUUUGAUCCAAAGCUCUUGAGGUUGAAGUGUCCUGUUACAGUUGAAGUACUGGGAUGGUUGGCAUCACAACUAUCCGUUUUGUAUGGCGAAGCAAGUGCCAAGUCUUUUGUUAUCGCGGUGCUUGGACAUUUGUUGCUUAAUGCUGCAUCUCAUGCCUCAUUGUUUCCUCUAGACAGGAAAGUGGAGCACAGUUCUGCUGCUAUUGAGCAAGAAACCAGUAUUUUAAUGGGUCACUCGGCAGUGGAGGUCAUGGAGGAUGAAGGGGGUGAUAGAACAGAUGAAAGAAAAUUGAGCAAGUCUAUAUUUGUGUAUCAAAUAGCAGCUGCUAUUGCUGCAUUGCAUGAAAGGUCAUUGUUGGAAGAAAGAAUCAGGGCGCUCCGGAAUCCUGUGCCACGUACUGCUUAUCAACGGAUGGCUGAGUAUCAGUAUAUUUCUAAGAAGGCUGAUGAGGAACGCCAAAAACGUCCUGAUUAUAGACCAUUAAUUGAGCAUGAUAGCCUCCUUCAUCAGAGGCAACAUGAUCAGGAAACUACCAAGAUGAAGACUAGAGAGGAAUUAUUGGCUGAAGAAAGGGACUAUAAACGUCGAAGAAUGUCCUAUCGUGGAAAAAAGUUGAAACGAACAGCAAAAGAGGUGAUGAGGGAUAUCAUAGAAGAAUACAUGGAAGCUAUUAAGGAAAGAGGAGGUAUUGGAGGCCUUGCAAAGGGAGAUGCUGAAGGAGCAACAUCAGCAUCUAAAUAUUCUGCUCAUAACUCCACAAACAUUGAGAUGACUCAUCACCCAAUAGAUGAUCAGCGACAUGGUUAUAGGAAAUUGGUGGAUAGUGACUUUGAAUCUAUGGAUAAAAUUAUUGAUGCUUCUGCUCGUAGAAAAGAGCUACAGGAAAAAGAAUCUUACAAUCACAGACGUCAUGAGUAUGAAAGAACAAACAGGGAGAGAAGUUCUAGGGACCGUUAUUUCAAAAGCCCUAGCACAAAUAGAAGACCUGGCCAGUCAAGAGAGCAUGUGAAUCACAGAGGGAACCAUGGUUUUAUGGAAUUGGAUGAAGAUGAACUUUCUAAAAGCAACUGUUCUUUUCCUAAUAAGCUUAGCUAUAGUGAUCAGAAAGCACGGCAUUCUGCAUCAAGCACUCUGAGGAGCUCUUCAGGUAGAAAGGACAAGAGGAAGUUAGGCUCUCCAGAUAGACAUAGAUGGAAAAAACAUGAGAAUGAUGUAUGGGGCUCUUCCAAAAGUGGUGAAUUCAGUGAUAGAUAUGAUCCUUCUGAAGCUAGUGAUAUUUAUGAUGAUCGGUUCAAUGACAGCCAGUCAACAAGGCCAGAAUUUUAAAACAAUCAAUAAUGGCAUGAGAGUUUGACUGCGAAGUAUUGUCUGGUUUCCAUACAAGGACCUUUUUACCCUUGGUGAGUGGAUACUGCGGGGCUCAUGUGCUUUAGCAGGAAGUCAUUCAGGCUUCAGCAGUAUUUUCUUUGUUCGUAUCCUCCUUUGUAUCCUUUAGCAGUUUAUGCUGCUUCUUGGUUCUUGUUCCUGAAUGUUAUGAUUUAUAUAUGCAUUCAUUUUCUGUUUGCGCUGUCUUCUUUCUCUGCCCCACUUUUAUUUUCUCAUCCUUUUUACUUCUGUCUUACACUUUGGCUUGAUCAUAUCUAUUAUUGCUAGUUGUGUACAGAAAUGUGGUCGGUAAAGUGGUGAAGGAAGGUAGAGCUUGUAUUUGUUUGAUAUUGAUUUUACAGACAAUAGCUAUACGCCUAUACCUUCAGCUCUUAAUAAGAUUUAUUACCAUCCAGCAUAACAUACCUUUAAACUGUUGGCACAUGCUUUCAUGGUUUGACAAUAUACAUAAGGCAAUGUUUUAUCGAAAUAGUUCACUUCCCUUCUUUGAAACUGAUUACCCCUAUGUCAACUUCUUUAAAAUGAAUACUUUGUUGUCUGAGAAGCGUAGACAUUAUUAGUUCAGGGUUACAGGUCGCCCUCACUUGUACUUCAGACCUUGUUUCUUCUAUCCCUUGUCUUGCCCAUAUUGUCAAAUUAGGUCAGCUAAACUUUUGUGUUACAACUUCCGAGUCAUGCCCCCUUUGUAGUUACUUUUUUAAUGGAGUUGCAGGUCUCAGGUCAAAAAUAUCUUGCUUAAACCUUAUAUACUUUGUCAGGCUCUCCGGUGUUAUCAUGUCGGGACAAUCAUUGACAACAUUUACUUGGUAGUCACUGUUCCAUACAACAACUAUUUGUUUUACUUUGACUCUCAUUGAUUGCUUAUUCAAGCUUGUUAUUAAUUCUUGUAAAAACAUAAAGCUCUAUACUAGUAUAUUACUAAUACUUCUCUGCCUUUGAAAUACGAGUAUUGCUAUCACUUCAUGAAGUGUCCAUGUUGAUGAAUAUAUGCUUAUAUAUCUACAAUUAUUGCUGAAUAUAAGGAAUAUAUGACAGGAUUUGAUGCUUGUCAGUUAAGGUGUUACUCAAAAGGCUUCGUUCUGAAUAGGUUGCACCUGUUUUAGUUCAUUACAUGAACACAGGCAUGAUAUCAGGUUUAAAGCUUAGAAGACUGUAUGUACAAGUUAUUUGAUGCUAGCAUAGAUUGCAGAGAUAUCAUUUGUUAGAACUUGAUGAUUUUGGUAGGGAUUGUUGGUCAAAUGCUCCCUUUAUACAGAAAAUGAAGGUUUGCUUCUGACUAAAUCUAUUUGAGAGAUCUCUGUUUGAAUCUUGUUUCUUGUAGAUCUCAAACUCAAGUGAAGAUAUAUUAUCUGGAUUCUGGAGGCUGUUUCAUUGUCCUACUGGCAUAAAAAUCUCGUUGGGAGUCAUCGAAAGUGAGGAUGGAAAUAUGGAACUUCGUAGGCUUUCAGAUUUACAUAAUUGUAACUUGUAAGCAUUUGCAGGAAAGAGUAACAGAAAAGUGAACGAAAGGUCGGAAUUUCGAAGUUCUGAUGUUGUCCAUUAAGCUGAUCAGGUGAGGAGAGAAUAACAUGUAGGGAUCAAGAUUUCCAUUUGAUAAGAACCAUUUCCAACCGUCUGUUUAUUCGUUUUGGUGUGCAACAUUUCCAACAGAUUGAUGUUUUGAUAAAUUUAUGUUGUGUUUUCAGCUA